AUGUCGUCUUCGAGCCAGCAAAAGCAGGCUGAGAAGACUCUCGUGGACCAAACCAACCUCCUCCCUCGCGCCCGACUCAUCAUCGUAUUCGGGACCCUGGCUUUUGCCUUUUUGAUCACAUACGCAGAUCAGAAUGGUAUCGCGGUGAUUCUGCCAACAAUGGCAAGAGAUCUAAACGCCCAGGACACCAUCUCCUGGGCAGGUACUUCUUCGUUUGUCGGCAAUACCGUGUUUCAGGUCCUCUACGGUCGGCUUUCUGAUAUCUUUGGCCGCAAGGUGGUUUACCUGUCGGCACUUAUACUGUUGGCGGUAGGCGACAUCUUGUGUGCGACUGCUAAGAAUGGACCCUCGUUGUACAUCUUCCGGGCGCUUGCUGGUAUUGCCAUGGGAGGCAUCAACUCGCUUACCAUGAUCAUCGUUUCCGACAUCGUUACCCUUCAGCAGCGUGGCUAUUAUCAGGGUCUACUCGGUGGAUGCAUUGGCUUGGGUAACAUUAUAGGUCCAUUUGUCUCUGCCGCUUUUGCAGAAACAUCUUCCUGGCGCAACUUCUUCUACCUCCUGGGACCCUUGGCUGCUGCGUCAGCUGUACUAUCAUUCUUCUUGGUACCGUCGUCAAUGCCGCCAAGGAAACGCAAGGAGACACUAGGGUUGAUCGACUACUGGGGAAUCAUCACCGGCUCAAUCGCUAUUGUAUUUUUCCUGGUUCCCAUAUCCGGAGGAGGCUCUUACUUCGUCUGGAACUCUCCCAUGGUCAUUGCAAUGCUUGCCAUCUCGGCCGUUGCAUUCGUCGCCUUCCUGAUUGUGGAGUGGAAGCGACUGGACUUUGCUAACCAAGAGCAUAGGGGGGCUGUGUCCAUGUGUUUCUUCAGCAGAACAACUGCUCCAGGUAUCAUUGGCAUUGUCUUGGCAAUACUAGGUGCCGGCGUUGGGAACGUUUUUCAGCCAUGCCUUAUUGCCCUGCAAGCGCAUUCACCCAAAGCCCAGCGAGCUGUUGUCAUAUCAAACCGGAACUUCCUGCGAGGCCUUGGUGGCGCCGUCGGUCUUGCAGUCUCAGCGCAAGUCAUGCAGAGUUCGCUGCGGAACAGUUUGCCGCCACACCUCCGGACUCUCGUUUCGUCUUCGUACAGCAUACCCAGUUUCAACAACCUCCCCGGUGCAGAUAUCGAGGCUCUGCUAGAUGGCUAUAUGACUGCUUCUCACACCGUGUUUACCGUCCUGGCACCUUUUAUGGGUACGUGUCUCUUGGGCUGCUUUUUGGUCAAGGACCGGGGACUGCAACGGAAGGAGGAGGUGAAGGAAGAAAAGCAAGAAAGCGUGCAGACUGGCGAGAGUGAAAAUAAAGACGAAUCUGUGGAAGCGGGAGAGCAAGGUGUCAUACAGAGACCAGUUACGGAGACGGUGCCGUCAAAAUAG